UGAGAGAGACGAGGAGACGAUGAGGAAGUUACUCCCACUUUCACAGUGGUUGGCACAAAUAAACUCCCCUCUCGAAAUCUGGAAAAUAGAAACAUCCGCACUUCAGCCCACACCACACUGAUGUGGUGGUAGACCGUGUUUUGGGGCAAUUUAUGAGAAGAUGAUCAGUUAAUUUGGAGCCUGGAUGGAAAGGUCGCCGUGACCCGGUCAGUCCUCCCUACGGACUCUACGGCUCACUUCUCCCGGGAAAGCAGCACCAUCUCUGGCAGUAAAUAUGGAGCCACAUCUUAGCUUGAACCAGUGCAUGGAAGGCGAUAACAGCCAGAUGGAGUUGUCAUCCAACAUGGAUGAGGAGGAUGGGGGAAAUGGUGUAGGAGAUCACUUUAAACACAAAGGCAAACCCUACAUGGCUCAAAACCUUGGACAGACCACAAAGAGUCUCUGCUUCAUGGCAGCUGCCACGGUCCUCAUCUUUACCAUCGGGUACUUUAUUGGCUAUCUGGUUUAUCGGAAGAAAGACUGUGCUCCAAACUGUGCAGCCUCUGUGCCCACUUCUGAAAGACCUGUUGAACACGAGACAGGUGCUGCCCCUCUCAUGGACUGGGAUGAUGUCAAAAAGCUCUUUGCACAAAAACUUUCUCCAGCCAAAUUUGAACCUGUCCUCGGUGAGUUUUCCACUGCCAACCACCGAGCUGGUUCUCCAGGAGAUGAAAGUUUGGGGAACAAGGUGCUCAACAGGUUUGAAGAGUACGGCAUGAACAGCUGGACCGAUGAGCACUUUGUUAAGGUUCAAGACCCUCCAGCUUCUGGAUACAACAAGUUUGUUUUCAAGAAUGGAAGUGAGGAGCGUCUAGAUGGAUUUCUGUCAUACAGUGGCAAUGGAGCAGUAAAAGGUGCCGUGUUGUAUGCACAUUACGGGGAGGAAAGUGACUUCAGGAUGCUGCGCGACAAGAACAUCAACAUGAGUGGCCGGGUCAUGCUGGUCAGAGCUGGUAGGAUCAGCUUUGCUGAGAAGGUUGCUAAUGCUGCCAAAAUGAGUGCCUCUGCUGUGUUGAUCUACCCAGAUUCUGCUGAUUACACUUCUGAUGAGACCACUCAGUUCUUUGGACAUGUUCACCUGGGUUCAGGAGAUCCCUACACACCAGGCUUCCCCUCUUUCAACCACACUCAGUUCCCACCGGUCCAGUCUUCAGGCCUGCCAAAAAUCUUGGCUCAGACCAUCACAGCACGCAUGGCUACCAACAUUCUGAGGCAGCUGGGGGGUCAGAAUGUGCCUGAAGGUUGGGGAGUCGUCACCAAACUGGGAGAUGAGACCGAUGUUAUUACUGUGGAAGUCAACAAUGUUCUUACUGAGAAGAAGAUUAUAAAUGUCUUUGGGGUCAUCAAAGGCUUUGUGGAUUCAGAUCGAUAUAUGGUUAUUGGUGCCCAGAGGGAUGCUUGGGGUUCAGGUUUUGCUACAUCGACUGUCGGGACCAGUGUCCUUGUUGAGCUGGCACGUUCCAUGUCGGACAUGGUGAAGAACAACGGAUUCAAGCCAAGGAGAAGCAUUGUGUUUGCCAGUUGGAGUGCUGGAGAGUAUGGGAGCAUUGGCGCCACUGAGUGGUUGGAGGGUUAUCUUUCUUCUCUGAGCAUGAAGGCCUUCUCCUACAUCAACCUGGAUGGAGUCGUAUCAGGUCGGAAUGGAUUUAAAGUGGCAGCCAGUCCCUUGAUGUAUAACCUGAUCGAGGGCGCUCUGAAGGAGGUGAACUACACAAACCAGGCUACACCUCUCUAUUCUCAAUUUGCAAAGGGCAACUGGGAACAAAAUCUGUUGGAGCCUAUGAAGUUGGAUAAUGCUGCAUAUCCAUUCCUCGCCUUUUCUGGCAUUCCUUCAGUGUCAUUUAGAUUCACUUCUAAUCCAGAGUAUCCGUACUUUGGCACAAUGCUGGACAUACGGGAGAAACUGAACUCUGCCACAUCCAACCAGGUUCCUCAGCUGGCUGAAACAGCAACCCGGUUUGCAGGUCACAUGGUGCUGAGGCUGGUCCAUGAUCAUUUGCUGCGGAUGGACCUGAUGAAUUAUGACAAGAAUAUACGGACUCGGGUGGCUCAGAUCAACAGGGAAGUUCUUAAGAUUAAGAAGAUGCAUCCCCAGCUGUUGCCUAAGGCCCUGACAGUGAAGUGGUUGAUCAUGGCCCAUGGCUCCUACAGCCGCGCAUCUCAAAGCCUGGCAAGAGACAUCAAGAACAGCGACCUGGAAGACAUAGAAAUGUGCCGCAUCAUUAAUGACCGCAUCAUGUCGGUGGAAAGGAACUUCCUGUCACCCUAUGUGUCUCCCAGAGAGAGUCCUUUCCGUCAUAUCCUGCUGGGGUCUGCUCCUCACACUCUCAAGGGUCUGUCCAACCACCUGGAAGCCCUCAGGACUGACAACCCUGAGGCAGACGCCAACCUGUUCCGUCACCAGUUCGCCCUGGCAACCUGGACCAUUCAGGGCUGUGCCAACACUAUAGCAGGGGACAUCUGGUCUUUGGAUAAUGAAAUCUAAAAUGUAUUUUUUGCCCUCCUCCCUUGUUCAAGGUUUGACCCUUUUUAUCACGACUAGCAGUGUGAAAACCAGUAGGCUGUGACGAUUCACCAACAGUCACGGUUUCUAAAUGUAUACCAAAAGCACAGUCAUAUCACCUCUAUUCUGUAAUCUUCAACAUUUCAGCUCAACUCACUGUCAGAGAUUGAGAAGUUGCUUAAAAAAAAAAGGACUGAAGAUUAAUUUACAAUAACAUAACAACAGUUGUGAUGCACAAAAUACACAGAAAUGGAUCUUGGACAUCUUGAUUGUUGCUUAACACAUCUGCUGCAUUAAUCUUUUAAGCAAAGUCCUAAUUACACGCAACAAUAGCAAAAAAAAUUAUUUAAAAAUCUGAAUUGGUUAAUUAUCUGAAUCGUCCACCUCCUGGCAUGAGAGCAAAUCCGUAGGCCUUUCAAAAACUUAAGGGAGAUGUGGCACUUGAACAGAAUCCAUACGUCUAUUUAUUGUUAUUUAUUUAUCAGUGGCAGGGUUCACUAUAAAUAGUUUUUUAUCGCCUUUUAUAAAAACAAAUGUAUAAUUAUCGGGAGCAGUGCCUUCCAUAAUUAUGACAGUUAUACUGUCGAAUUGACAAAAGCAGCAUCUGCUAAAAGAAGUGUACAUGUGGACCGACGGCCAGUACUGAACCCAACAAUCAAAUUCUACCUAACUGACACUGGAUUGGUUCUUUAGGCAAGACCAUAUCGAACUUACUGAACACCUUUUGGCUGACUGUCAGUACCGGUCCCUUGGUCCAUGCACACUUCUCGUCUCGACAUUAUCGGGAGCAGUGUCUUCCAUAAUGUAAAAAAAGAAGGUAGUUUUUGCCUACCAGUGUGUGUCUGUAUCGGAGUCAGUGCCCUCCAUAUUUCACUGUAGGGGUGGAUGUUUUUUUUUUAUCGGGAACAGUGUUUCCCAUAAUGUGUACAUAAUGAAUACAUUGCUAUACCAUGCACAUGCUGUGUGCAUCUUCAGAACGCUUCUAUGACGUUUCUGCGCUAAUGUACCUUCUUUAGUUUCCUCCAAGUCUGCAGCUUCAGCCCACAAAGCUGAAAGAUUUUUUAAGAGUUUUAACAUCAGGUCCUCGAAAAAUGUUUCUCAUCUUGUCUGCUUUUUGAGGUAAAGAUGCUGCAGGUCUUUACAUUUUCUGAGUGUCUCAUUUUUAAUCAAACGCUUAUAAUGUGUUGUCUUUUCUUUGGGCUUCAUAUGUAACUAACAUGGAAGGUCUUUGGCUUUAAAGAAAUGUUACAAACAUGUUUGGGACCACUGGUUACAGCUGUGUGGUUCAGUAAAGAUCACCACUUUGUUUUUUUGUUUUUGUUUUGACACUUAUGUAUUUCUUUCUUUUUUCUGUUGUCUACUAGAAUCAAGUUACUGGAUUAAAAGCCUGUUAUGCUAAAACACCUUUUUAGAAAAAAGUUACCAGAAGAAUGAAAGUUGUAAAAAAAAGUGGACAAAUGACAAAAUCUUACAAAAUUGCACUGAAUGUUAAAGUAGCUCACGUGGACCUCCUUUAGCUAAUCUGCUAAAUAUGGUCACACUGUUUUUGAUUUGUUUAUGAAAAACUACACAAACUUUAUUAGUUUUACAUCAGUAGCCCUCUUUAAUGAUCCUUUAAGCAUUGAUGCAUCAGUAGUCUGAGUGAAUUAAACGGAUCUGUUGGGCUACAAGUUGCAUUUCUAAUGGUCAUCACAAAAAUCCAAACCCGUUCUUAAGAGGAUGUAGACGUAGGAAUUAAUCUGCAGAAUUUGUUUGACAAGUUUUGUCACAAAUGUUGGAUAAAUGUUUGGAAAUUGUUAAAAUAACAAUGCUUUUUUUUUUUCAAACUGUACACAAGUUUGCUUAGCUUUACGUUUCUGUUGCUGCAAUAAACAAUCACAUCACAA